CUCCGACCGCCCCUCCGCGGCCGCCGAGCUCGGUCCUCCCAGCGCGUCGCUGGCGCCUUAGCUCCUCCUUGUCCUUCCUCGCGUGAUUUUUAUCGCGUCCAUUUUUUUGCGCGGGCAUAAAUAAAUAAAUAAGGACAGCUGCCGCCCGGCCCCGCCGCCCCCCGCCCCCCGCCCGUCAGCGGCGGCAGCCAGGCCCCGCGCCGCGCAGGUGGGGCAGGCGGUGGGACGAUGCGCAGCCCCCUCCCGUGACUCCGGCUCUCCGCCAUGCCAUGGGUUAGGCGGACUCCAUCCAGAAGCCGAGAGGGCACCAGCCAAGCGAGGCGGCGGCAGGAAGCGGCGCGGCCCGGCCGAGGAGCGGCGGCGGGAGGCGGCGGCGGCGGGAGGCGGGCGCGGAGCCCCGCGGCUCCCUCCAUGGACAGCGGCGAGGAAUUAUGAGCCGCGGCAGGCGGCCGGGACUGGCGCUCGCCCGCUGGGGCUUCCCCUCGCUGCACGCCCCGGAGCACCGGGGCUCGGUCUCGCACGCCCCCCGCCUAGUCCCCCCGGCAGCCUCUGCCCCCGGCUCCUGCCCCCCCGCCGCUGGCCCCGUCCCCCUUCUCCCCGCUGGGUGCUCGGGGUUAGGAUAAUCUCGCUCGCACCCAAACCACAGCGCUCCGCAGCUAAUCCUGUCCCUUCCCCUCUCCCUCCCCACCCUGCCUCCGGCCCUUCCUCUCCUGGCGCUGUCCUCUUCUCUUCCCGCUCGCCCUCAGGCCCCUCCGUCCCCGUCCUCCCCGCUACCCCGCGGCGAGCCGGCGGCCGGGCGGGUGGGUGCGAGGUCGGGGCUGCCGGCCACCCCGCCCCUCCCCGGCGGGGCCGUCAUUAGGCUGCCGGUUGAUUACAGGGUAUUGAUUUGUAUGUGCUUCUCCCGGCGCCGGCGGUGGCCGCUCCCGCUGGUGCCGCCACGGCCGCAGGAGUUAGGGCAGCGCUUCCCGUAGCAGCGGUGAGCUCCCACCAAAUAUGUCGGCUCCCGCCGGGCCCCGGGGCGGCCCCGCUCCUCCUCAGCCUCCUCCGGCUCCUCAGCCCGAGAUGCCCGACCUCAGCCACCUCACGGAGGAAGAGCGGAAGAUCAUUCUGGCCGUCAUGGACCGCCAGAAGAAAGAAGAGGAGAAGGAGCAAUCCGUGCUCAAGGUCAAAGAAGAGCAAAAGCCACAGCUGACACAGUGGUUUCCCUUUAGUGGGAUCACUGAGCUGGUAAAUAACGUUCUCCAACCACAGCAAAAGCAGCAAAAUGAAAAGGAGCCCCAGACAAAACUACAUCAGCAGUUUGAAAUGUACAAGGAGCAAGUGAAGAAGAUGGGCGAAGAAUCCCAGCAGCAGCAGGAGCAGAAGGGUGAUGCCCCAACCUGUGGCAUCUGCCACAAGACCAAGUUUGCCGACGGCUGUGGCCAUAACUGUUCGUAUUGCCAAACCAAGUUCUGCGCGCGCUGCGGGGGGAGAGUCUCCCUGCGCUCAAACAAGGAGGACAAAGUGGUGAUGUGGGUGUGUAACUUGUGCCGAAAACAACAAGAAAUCCUCACCAAAUCAGGGGCUUGGUUCUACAACAGUGGAUCAAGUGCACCACAGCAGCCUGACCAGGAGGGUGUUAGAGCUCUGCGGAAUGAGGAAGCACCUCAGGAGAAAAAAGCCAAGCUGCAGGAGCACCCACAGUACCAAGGACCCCCAGGUGACAUAUCCACACAAGCUUUGGACAAAACCAGACCUCAAGGGCUCACAAGACAAGACUCAAUCAAGAAUGGCUCGGGAGUAAAGCAUCAAGUUCCAAGUGACACAGCAUCAGACAGGAAAAGAAGCCCAUCAAUCUCAAGAGAGCAGAACAGAAGAUACGACCAAAGGGAGGAGAGGGAGGACUACUCGCAGUAUGCUCCAUCGGACAGUGCGAUGCCCAGGUCACCAUCAGACUAUUCCGACAGGAGGUCCCAGCGUGGGCCUCAGCUGUACGAAGAGCCUGAACUGGGCGACUACAGAGAUUCCAACAGGAGGAGUCGCAGGCGUUCCAAGGAGUAUCCGGUAGAAGAGGAGGAUGCGGAAAGCAGGGAGGAGUACGAGAGGCAGCGGAGGGAGGAGGAGUACCAGGCGCGGUACCGGAGCGACCCCAACUUGGCUCGCUACCCGGUCAAGCCGCAGCCGUACGAGGAGCAAAUGCGGAUCCACGCCGAGGUGUCCCGGGCGCGGCACGAGCGGCGGCACAGCGACGUCUCCUUGGCCAACACCGAGCUGGAGGAGUCUCACGUGUCCGUGAUGAGGAUGGAGCGGCCGUCGAGGCAGAGGUCGGUGUCCGAGCGCAGGGCUGCUAUGGAAAACCAGCGUUCGUACUCCAUGGAAAGAACUCGAGAGGCUCAGGGACCAAGUCCCAACCGCCAGAGGACCACAAACCAUAGCCCUCCUACCCCUAGGAGGAGCCCAAUUCCUCUGGAAAGAGCGGACAUGAGGCGCUCCGACUCGUUAAGGAAACAGCACCAUUUGGAUCCUAAUUCUGCUGUGCGGAAAACAAAGCGGGAGAAGAUGGAGACCAUGCUCCGGAACGAUUCGCUCAGCUCGGACCAGUCCGAGUCUGUCAGACCUCCGCCACCAAAGCCCCACAAAACGAAAAAGGGAGGUAAAAUGCGCCAGGUUUCCUUGAGUAGCUCGGAAGAGGAGUUGGCUUCCACUCCGGAGUACACGAGCUGUGACGACGUGGAGAUUGAGAGCGAAAGCGUUAGUGAGAAAGGGGACAGUCAAAGGGGAAAAAGGAAAACUAGUGAGCAGGCAGUUUUGUCGGAUUCUAACACCCUAUCCCAGAGGCAAAAGAAAAUGGUGUGCUUUGGUGCCCACUCUUUGGAAGAGGACUUGGAAUGGUCUGAGCCUCAGAUAAAAGACUCUGGGGUAGAUACCUGUAGUAGCACCACUCUAAACGAGGAACAUAGCCAUAGCGAGAAGCAUCCAGUGACUUGGCAACCCUCCAAGGAUGGAGACCGUCUCAUCGGUCGGAUUUUGUUGAACAAGCGACUGAAAGAUGGGAGUGUGCCUAGAGACUCAGGAGCCAUGCUUGGGCUGAAGGUAGUAGGAGGAAAGAUGACUGAAUCGGGUCGGCUCUGUGCGUUUAUCACCAAGGUGAAGAAAGGCAGCUUGGCUGAUACCGUUGGGCAUCUUAGACCAGGUGAUGAAGUUUUAGAAUGGAAUGGGAGAAUACUACAAGGAGCCACCUUUGAGGAGGUGUAUAACAUCAUCUUGGAGUCUAAACCUGAGCCACAGGUGGAGCUUGUUGUUUCAAGACCAAUAGGGGACAUUCCCAGAAUUCCUGACAGCACACAUGCACAGCUGGAGUCCAGUUCUAGUUCAUUUGAAUCUCAGAAAAUGGACCGACCUUCUAUUUCAGUGACUUCUCCUAUGAGUCCUGGCAUGCUAAGGGACGUUCCACAGUUCUUGUCUGGACAACUUUCAAUAAAACUGUGGUAUGACAAGGUUGGUCAUCAGUUAAUAGUGACAAUAUUGGGAGCAAAGGAUCUUCCUUCAAGGGAAGAUGGGAGGCCAAGGAAUCCUUAUGUUAAAAUUUACUUUCUUCCGGACAGAAGUGAUAAAAACAAAAGAAGAACAAAAACAGUGAAGAAAACAUUGGAGCCUAAGUGGAAUCAGACCUUCAUUUAUUCUCCAGUUCAUCGGAGAGAGUUUAGAGAACGAAUGUUAGAAAUUACUCUUUGGGACCAAGCAAGAGUUCGAGAGGAAGAAAGUGAAUUUUUGGGAGAGAUUCUUAUUGAGCUGGAGACAGCAUUGCUGGAUGAUGAACCUCACUGGUACAAACUCCAAACACACGAUGUCUCCUCAUUGCCACUUCCCCAUCCCUCACCCUAUUUGCCACGCAGACAGCUCCACGGCGAGAGUCCCACGCGGAGGCUACAAAAUCAAGGCUUAUAUUCAUAUAACUCAGGGUCCAAAAGAAUCAGCGACAGUGAAGUCUCUGAUUAUGACUGUGAUGAUGGAAUUGGUGUUGUUUCAGACUAUCGCCAUAAUGGGAGAGAUCUUCAAAGCUCGACGCUCUCAGUGCCAGAACAAGUGAUGGCCUCUAACCAUUGCUCUCGAUCAGGCUCACCUCACCGCGGGGAUAGCAUAGGACGGACUAGAUCCUGGUCUCCCAGUGUCCCUCCCCCACAAAGUCGGAAUGUGGAUCAGGGACCACGAGGGACUCGAUCUACUGCAGCGCAUUACAAUACCCUGAACCGAAUGGAUAGACACCGAGUUGUAGAUGACCACUACUCCCCGGACAGAGAGAGGAGGACUAGGCAGGAGAGAAGAGUGCCUAAUUCAUAUUAUGACGACACAACCUAUACUCCUGAAAGGAAUUGUGAAGCAGCAGAUAGACAGCCAUAUCAAAGAUCCAGAUCAACAGAGCAACGGCCUGUGCUAGAGCGGACCAACUCCCGCUCCCGAUCCACAGAGCGUCCUGACUCAAACCUCAUCAGGUCGAUGCCUUCAUUAAUGACUGGAAGAUCUGCCCCUCCUUCACCUGCCUUACCGAGGUCACAUCCUCGAUCUGGGUCUGUUCAGACAAGUCCAUUAAGCACUCCAGUAGUAGGGCGAAGGGGCAGGCAGUUACCACAGCUCCCACCAAAGGGCACAUUGGAGAGAAACCAUGGAGACAAGGAGAUAGAAUCUUAUGAAGAAGAAGCGGAAUCCUCAAGGAGAAGAAACUCAGAAGAAAAGAAAGCAGAUCCAGAGAAUGGGGACACAGGUGCGAUGGAUGUGGAAGAGAGGAACCGGCAAAUGAAAAUGAGCAAGUACAAACAGGUAGCAGGAUCAGAUUCCAGGCUGGAACAAGAUUUUCACUCUAAGUUUCGCUCAGGCCGGGAUGCUCAGCGUGGCUCAGACAAUGUGUCCAACAAGUCCUCGGACAGCGACGUCAGCGACGUCUCUGCCGUGUCGCGCACCAGCAGCGCCUCGCGCUUCAGCAGCACGAGCUACAUGUCUGUCCAGUCAGAGAGACCAAGAGGGAACAAGAAGAUAAGUGUCUUUACAUCCAAAAUGCAAAGCAGACAGAUGGGCACCUCAGGAAAGAACAUGACCAAGAGCACCAGCAUCGGAGGGGACAUGUACACCCUGGAGAAGAACGAUGGCAGCCAGUCGGACACGGCAGUGGGCACCGUUGGUGGUGGCAGCAAAAAGAGACGCUCCAGCAUCGGCGCGAAGAUGGUCGCCAUCGUGGGGCUCUCGCGGAAAAGCCGCAGCACCUCCCAGCUCAGCCAAACUGAAGCAGGAGGCAAGAAGCUGCGAAGCACUGUCCAGAGGAGCACCGAGACAGGACUGGCAGUGGAGAUGAGGAACUGGAUGACGCGCCAGGCCAGCCGCGAGUCGACGGACGGGAGCAUGAACAGCUACAGCUCCGAGGGAAAUUUGAUUUUCCCUGGUGUGAGGCUGGCUGCAGACAGCCAGUUCAGUGAUUUUCUGGAUGGACUUGGUCCUGCUCAGCUUGUGGGACGGCAGACUUUGGCAACACCAUCGAUGGGAGAUAUCCAGGUGGGAAUGAUGGACAAGAAAGGACAACUGGAAGUAGAAAUAAUCCGAGCCCGUGGCCUUGUUGUAAAACCAGGUUCAAAGACACUGCCAGCACCCUAUGUAAAGGUGUAUCUAUUAGAAAAUGGAGUCUGCAUAGCCAAAAAGAAAACAAAGGUAGCAAGAAAAACGCUGGAACCACUUUAUCAGCAGCUUCUGUCAUUUGAGGAAAGCCCCCAAGGAAAAGUUUUACAGAUAAUUGUCUGGGGAGACUAUGGACGUAUGGAUCACAAAUCCUUUAUGGGAGUGGCACAGAUACUUUUAGACGAUCUGGACCUGUCCAACAUGGUGAUUGGGUGGUUCAAACUCUUCCCUCCUUCUUCCUUAGUAGACCCAACUUUAGCUCCUCUCACUAGAAGAGCUUCCCAAUCAUCUCUUGAAAGCUCCACAGGACCUUCGUACGCUCGCUCAUAGCAGCUGUGAAACUGUUGUCAUAGCAACCAGCGUCACAAACCAACCAACAACAUCAACUACAGGUCGCAAACCCUGGCAACACUGCAUGCUAAAUGUUGUGUCUUCUGAGCCUGUUUCUGGGGCUGCAACGCGAUCCUGUGUUCUCAAGGAAGUCGCACACAUUGUGCCCUAUGGAAGGCCCUCAGGUGAAGGACUGAAGUCACGAAGAACUUGCUAGGUUUUGGAGUUCAGAGACACCUGGUUUUGGUCAAAUCUGAAGCCAUGGACUAAACUAUCAAAGAAUCAAUCUGUUUCAUGCAACAAAAGUCCUUUUCAAUGGCAUAUCUGUUUUGUUGCUCCUCGUUUCUUUAUUUACCUGCCCUCCCUCCUAAAGCUUGGUUAUGCCACAGAAACGGAGCCAAAGCUCUUGCGAAGCCAUGUGAAAGGCAGUGGAGGAAAAGAAGAAUGUGAAGAUGCUGGAAGAGUCAACUGUUGCUGACAGCAGUUGCUUGAGACACAAAAACUCUUUGUGCUGAAAAGAUUCAAGCCUUCAAGUGGCAGGCUUCAUACCUCCAGCUAACGAAAGCCCAGCUAGGAUGGACUCUCUGGGAAGGGAAAUUCUGUGGAUACACUGUACUGUAUGAAAUCAAAAAACAAACUCUUUGUUUGUUUGUUUGUUUCCUUUUUUGCAUGGACACAACAGAUUUAAGCUGAACACUUUAAAAAAUUAUUUUCUUGGGGGCUGCAACUUGCAAAAAAAAAAAAUUAAAAAAAACAAACCAAAAAACCAAAAACAAAACAAAUAAUGGAAAAAAAAAACCAACAAAAAGUUUAAAAAAGGGGAAAAAAAAGUUUAAAAAAAAAAAGGAAUCGAUUCAGCCAUUUUCAACGAUUUCUAUUCUUUUUAACAGCUAAAUUUCACUAGUGCAUGGUUUUAAAGGGAAGAGAAUGCAGCAGGGGGGGGGAUACAGAGACCACAGUGAUCGUUCUUCAAGCCAGUCUUGGGGGGAGGGAAAAAAGGGGGAAGGGGUCUGUGUUUUUUGCAGACAUGGGUUAAAAGGAAAACAAACCAAGAAACCAAGCCUCAUUUCUAAAGCAGGUGUUAAAAAUUCCUCCUUAUGUGACAAGAAAAAAGUGUCAUCUAUUAACUUUUAUUUCUGUGUUAAGAAAGGGACAGGCAUGGUAAACUUGGGCAUGGCGGCAAAUCCUUCGCGCUUUGCUGGCCUCCUUCUUUCUGUGUUUGCAGUUGGAUGUUAGGAGGGAGUUGUUGGCAGAGAGAGUGAUUGGCAUUGGAAUGGGCUGCCCAGGGAGGUGGUGGAGUCAGAGAUGAAAGAAACCAAAGGCUGCAGCUUAGCUAUGAAUCACAUGAUGGUGAUAAGGAGAGGUCCAUAAACAUGAGGUUGGUCUCUUCUGCCAGGCAAGCAGCAACAGAACAAGGGGACACAGCCUCAAGCUGUGCCAGGAGCGAUCUAGGCUGGAUGUUAGAAGAAAGUUGUUGGCAGAGAGAGUGAUUGGCAUUGGAAUGGGCUGCCCAGGGAGGUAGUGGAGUCACCAUGCCUGGAGGUGUUGAAGCCAAGCCUGGCUGGGGCGCUUAGUGCCAUGGUCUGGUUCACUGGGUAGAGCUGGGUUGGACUGGAUGAGCUUGGAGCUCUCUUCCAACCUGGUUGUUUCUAUGAUUCUCCUCCCAGUCUCUUUCCUUUUGCUCUUUUUUCCACCCCCCUCUACCUCCCAGGGUGACCAUCACAUUCUAAACCAGCUCCCUUUUGACUUUAAUUCCUCUCUCAUGCCCCGUAUUUUCUUCAGGGUUGCAAUUUCCUCUGCAUUUUUAAAUUAUUUGAGAGGGGAAAAAAAAUAUUCUUUGAGAAAUGUUUAGUUUUGGUUUUGCUUUUUCUUUUUUCAAGCAUGUUGAAAAGGGAAUUUUGCAACAUGGCUUGGGAGCACAUCAAUGUAAUUCCGCAUGUGUUUGAUAAAGAAGAUAUUUGAACUUCUUUGCAGUUGCUUGUACAGUGCAUGGUAAAUUCUUUUCAUUUUUUUCCCUCUCCCUCUCACUUUCAAAUUGAAUUCUACAGCAAAACACCACGUGGCCAUUGUAAGACAUCCUCAAUGACUUUGUUUUCUGCACCAGCAUCUUUCAUUCCAAGGUCCAACCAUCAUUUUCUUGAAGGUUGGGAUUCCAAGAUCAAGACAUCAUUUUCUUAAAGGUUGGGGUUGGGUGUUUUUUUGUUUUUUGGAAAGAGGGAGAAAUAAAGUCCCUGGUUGAGUCGUUUUUCCUUUAGGAGAUAAAUGUAACAAGUGGUGAGACACAGGUUGCCCAGGGAGGUGGUGGAAGCCUCAUCCCUGAAGGUCUUUAAGGCCAGGCUGGGUAUAGUCUGGAUGUUGGGAGGAAGUUCUUCACAGAGAGAGUAAUUGGCAUUGGAAUGGGCUGCCCAGGGAGGUGGUGGAGUCACCAUCCCUGGAGGUGUUGAAGCAAAGCCUGGAUGAGGCACUUAGUGCCAUGGUCUGGUUGACUGGCUAGGGCUGGGUGCUAGGUUGGACUGGAUGAUCUUGGAGCUCUCUUCCAACCUGCUUGAUUCUGUGAUUCUAAUCUAGUGUGAGAUGUCCGUGCCCAUGCCGGGGGGGUGGGGCUGGAACUGGAUGAUCCUUGAGGUCUCUCCCAACCCUGACAAUUCUGUGAUUCUAACUUUUUAUUUGCACUAAACCAAAUGAAUUGCUUCGGUUUUGGAGCCGACAAAAGUGGCAAAGGUUCCCUAAUUGGUAGAGCUCUGCUGUAAAGUUCCAUUUUCCAUCAGCUGCGUUUGUGUUGCAAAAACACAUCGUUAGAAUCAUAGAAUCUGUGAUUCUAAGGAUGUAUUUUCUGGGCAUAAUGGGGGAUUGUCAGUCUGGGGGAAGAAAAAAAAUCAGUCUUUGGUUCGCAAAAUAGCCUUAAAGAAAGCGUAACCACUCCAGCAGCUCUUUGGCACCAUCCCUGCAGUCGUGAACCUUCACCAAGCUCUGUUUUGUAGCAGACAGUGACUACCAUUGGGUGGUGCUGCGAGUUCAAGCUUUACAUCGAGGGGCAUGAUUUAAAGGGAAUGUGACUGGCUGACAUUUGCUAACGAAAUAGCCUAUUCAUUUUUUCUGGGUAUUUGUAUGCCUUUAAUUCCUGUCGAAGGUUUAAGAUUGAAACCUUGCAAUAACCUUUUGAAAUCCUCCAUUGCAUUUACCUGUAAGAGCCACACACAGAGUGCUUGGGUUUGUUUGUAAUAAAACAUCUGUUGAGGUAUCCCACGGAGCAAAUCUUAAAAGCUUGCCUCAGAAGAGGGCAAAAGUAGUAACAAGCAUCACUUCAAAUGCCUUUUACUUUGUGCAAUAUCAUAGGAAUCAAGAUUGUGUCUUGUCUUCAAGAGUUUUGUCUAAUGGGUGUUGUUAAGUUAAUGGCCAGACUGGUGAGAAAUGGUAUUUAAGGGGAAUAAUUGAGACCCCUGUCUACCAGCAGCAAAUAAACGCUACUACCAUUGCGCUCUACGAUACCAGGUAGUGACAGGACUAGGGGGAAUGGAGCAAAGCUGGAGGUGGGGAGAUUCAGAGUGGAUGUGAGGAGGAAGUUCUUCACCAUGAGAGUGGUGAGAGCCUGGAAUGGGUUGCCCAAGGGAGGUGGUUGAGGCCUCAUCCCUGGAGGUGUUUCAGGCCAGGCUGGCUGAGGCUGUGCACAGCCUGCUCUAGGGUAGGGUGUCCCUGCCCAUGGCAGGGUGGGGUUGGAACUGGCUGCUCCUUGCAGUCCCUUCCAACCCUGACUGAUUCUAUGAUUCUAUGAUCCCCCUCUCCUUCGGGUAUUAAAGAGAACUACAUAACCAUCUCUGUUUUUUUUCCUGAUGCUGUGAGGUGUUGCUCACACAUUCCUGUAUGCAUAGUCCUAGGGAAACGAUUUCAGAGUUCAAAUCCCACCAAUCGAGGACACGACGCAUGGAAGGUUUGUACAUACUUGUCAUUAUGCAGUAUUUAUGUAAAAAAAAGACAAAAAAAGAAGAGAAAAAAAGAGCAGAAAAAGGAAAAAAUAAUGUAUUUUUUUUAAUUUUCACACUUCUGCAACUCUCCUUAUGGUUUAGUCCUGUAAAUAGCAACCACUCCGGUGAUCACUGCUGUCUUGUACAUAGUACGUUUUAAAAAGGUAAAGGACUUACAGUUUGGGGAGGGGGGGGAAGAAAAACAAAAAACAAAGGGCAAAUCAGGCCUGUAAUGAACACCAACUAAUGUAAAUCCCAACUCACUCUGGUGAUGGUAUUUAACACUUUAAAUAAACCAUUUUCUUUACA